AUGUCUUCGAGACCAAAAAGAGAAGUAAAACGAAGGUCAAGGUAUAGUCCGCCACUUGAGGCGCCUCCGGUAUCAGCGGUACGACAUUUUUUAAUUAUUAAUUGAGUUUCUUUAUUUCUUGCAUUUAAUGAAUGUAUUGUUUUAGCCAACUCCGCCACCACCAGUUAAGCCUCCAAUAAAGAAGAGAACACCAGCUGGUCCUAGAAAAGGUGCGAGAAACAAUAAGGCACCAGAAACAGUUGAAGUCAAGCAUGAAUUAAAUAAUGUUGAGCUUGGAACAUCUAUACAAUCAGUAAAAGAGGUUCCGUUAGUUGUCUCAGAGGUAAAACAAGGUAAUUUUGUUUUUUCUUGACAGUUUUUUGGUUUUUAGAGUUCUCGAAUAUAAAUGCAAGCGGAGAUGCUAAAGUGGAAAAUGUGCCAAGUCAAGUUACUCCUUCUGUUAAGCCUCCCUUGACUCGAGUUCCUUCAACAUCUAGACCAAGGAGAAGUCAGAUUAAACCGGCGAGGUUUAGUCCAGUUCCAGAGCCCAAACCAGGAGUUUCUUUUGAAUUAAAUCAAGGGGGUUCCGUAGACCAUCCAUUCGCGAAGAAUACAAGUGGAUUUGAACUUCCAGACGAGAUUAUCAAGUCUGCUCUUCAUAGAAAAGUGUGUAAAUAUAAUUGUAGCUUGAUAUCUUGAUAUUUUUUACGGUUUUGUAAAACGUAGCUUUAUUUUAGAACUCAAGACCAGCUACUCCAAGUGCUGCAGCAACAAGUCAAAACAAAUCUUUGACUUUGGAUGUACAGACUUCAUCUAAAACAAUAUCUCAACCCUCUCCGGCAUCCGUCUCAUCUGCCGUUUCGGGUAUGUGAAAUGUUUAUAUUAUUGUUUUUUUUUGACUUUUAGUGAAAACAGAAUCAACUCCCGAUACGGCUCUGCCGAGGCCUCGGCUUUCUUCGAUAUUCAAAUUAGGUCGGAAGUGCGUGGAGGCUUGCAAAGAACGAUCGGAGAGUCCAAUCGUUAAAGCAGAGACCCCACCUGUUCCCAAGACUCCAGAACCUCUUCUGCAACCAUCAACUUCACACGAAACUCCCCAAAAUGGAAAUAUUUCUCUACUGCAAACUGAUACAAAAGCCGAGGAAGGGAUGGAAAUAUCGACGGAAAGUCCUAUUACUGAGCCUGGAGUUAAGAAAAAAGCAUCGAGAAGGAAGUUGGCUCCACGAGUAUUGAGUUUAUUAGGUGCAGAGGAAAUGGUGAGCAGUAGGAAACGGAGGAUCAAGCCGGUUGCCAAGUUUUCCCCUUCAAGAAACGAUGGUAAUAAGUCCAGUUUCUAUGACAGUCCACCGGUUAAAGUGCCUAAGGUGGCGCCCUUGAAGGUAUGUUGGGUUGGAUGUAAUUUUUUAAACUUGAAAUCGGAUUGGAAUGAUUUUGAUGUUGUUUUAGAUCAUCACGAACCCAGUGGACCCCGCAACUCCCUCGGUUCCCCCACCAACAGCCUGCUAUCCAUUUACUCCCGAUUUCUACUUGCCAGAUCAAACUUCACUCCAGUUGGCAUUGGAAUCUCAAAAACGACAAUAUGAAUUGGCCAAUAUUCAGAGUCAACAGGAAGCGGCCAAGAGGGAUCUGAGUACAUCAUUAUUGGAGGGAAGAAAACCCCGAAACAAGGCCUUGUCAAUAUCACAAUUUGCUCCGGAGCUGAUUAAAGGAUCCUUGGACUCGACCACUCCAAAGCCGGCUGGAUCCGGAACUGGACGGAGAGGAAGACCGGCGAGAACAAGCACUUGUGAAGGUAGGUGUCUAAAGUAAUGUCCAAAAUUGGAUUAUUUAUUCAGUUUUGAUUUUUAUGGUAGUCUUGUUAUGGUCUGAAGUUCAUUUAUUUUCAGCUUUCACCCCUCAAUCGGCCCUCCCUCGCCAACCCGCCUUCCACUAUCCACCUCAACAUGUUGAAGUUGCACAAGAUGAGGUCGCUCAACCAAAUGAUCAUGAACCAAGCCCAGAGAAGACUCCGGUGAAACCAAAGCCUUUGAAGAAGUAUCAGUCAUUUGGUACGACCAAAGCGCAGGGAUAUGCACAUCGGCCGUUCUUCGAGGAGAUGAAGGCCAGAAAAGAAUUAAAUCCACUUGCAGUUGGGCUCGUAUUUGAGAGAAAACUUGUGACACCGGAUGAUUACUUCUACCGGGAAGUCCUUAUUAGGUAAGAAGAGGCUUUUUGUGAUGAAUAGAGUGGUUUAGGUAUCACAUUUAUAUAUUAUCAGUCUGUGGGGUUGUACAAAUUAAUGUGUAUAUCAUUUUAGGCGGGAAGAUGGCCGUUCCGGGUCUGGUCGAAGAGAGGAGGAAGUGGAUAUUUUGGAAGGUGUCUCUGAAGACAAACUGGACAUAGAAGCGGAGGAGAAUGAAAUAUUGAUAAAGAAUCCUGCAUUUGAUUGUGUUGCGGAUGUCAGAAAAGAGGUUCCAUUUGCAUUUGAAGGACAAGAAGAUGAUGAUACCGAGUCACCGAUGGAGAGAAUUGAGAAAGAGUAGGUCCUGGAUCUUUUCGCAUAGUUUGACAUCGUUGUGGUUGUGUAGAUAGUGAUUUAUUAUUCUGGGUUUAGGGUCCUGGAGAUGGAUAAUCCCUAUCAAAGACAACACCUCACAACUUUGUUGGCAUAUAUAUCCAGCCAACGACUCAUUGACUUAAAUACACUUGAAGUGAAAGGUGGAUGUUCACUGUUUUACACCCAAACUUUGAAAAAUGCCUCGAGAAUGAGAGAGAAUUUGCUGUUAUAUACUGUAGCCAGAAUGGACGCCUUGACUGCAUCUCACGCCUAUUUGAUAAGGAAAUUGCCAGAUGAGUUCUUGGCCUCAUAUCUCAAUUUACUGAGGUUUUUGAAGCUGACAGUGAGUAUUCCCAAUUUACAGUUUGAGUUUAUUUUGUUUUAGGGAACUCAACUUCCGGUGUAUUUGACUGGACGAGCAACCGAACCAGAGGUUGAAAAGGGGAACGUUCACAUUGCAGAGUUUUUGGACUCGAAAUUAACGGAUCCUGGAACAAGAUUCAACAAGGUUUUACAGGUAAGAAUUGGGUUUUAUUAGAAUUAAUGAUUAAUGGACGGAUGAUAAAUAUAUAAGUCUAAUCAACUUUUAAAAUUUUAGAUAAAUCCGAUCCCCGGAGUCUCCUUGGUCCUGGUGUACCCUCAAAUCAUUUGUGGAAAUCAAGUCAUCAACAAACAUGCCCAUGAAAAUAUGUUUAGAAAUCUUCUCCCAGCUGCGAUCAGAUGUGUAGAGAAAGUUGAACUCAGAUUCUCAUCGAUGGUCGACUCAAAAACCUUGACUCACAUGUGUUUGGAGAUGAUCAGACAGAGGGUCAAGGAGAUCGCCAAGAGAAGAGCGGACGAUCAUAUUUUCUUGGCUGGAUGGGGAACAAGUUGUUUGUUAAAUAUUCAGGUAAAGAAUGAAAUGCGUGAUUAUAAUGAGUGUUUUAGGCGAUAAGAAAGAUCUCAGGAGUCAGCGGAGUCCUCAACUUUGCAUUCCCCAUGAAAAAUCACAUCGGAGUCAGAGGGGUGAGUAAUCUUUGAUGGCUUUUGAUGUAAUAGUUAUAGGAUGAAAAUAUUAAUUAGCUUUGUUUUAGACAGUGGAUGACAAUAUUUGCAUUACGUAUUGCCCUUCGCUGUUUGUUGUGGGGGAGAAUGCCUCAAACUGUGACAUCCAAGAAAUGCAGGAGAUGAGACAAAAUAUGAUUUGUGAUUCUGGGCUGAUUGUGAUCGGAAAUGCGGACAAGAAUCUUUAUGUAUCCCCAACGGCAUUAUCCAUCGAAAGAGCGAGCCAGCAUUGCGUGGAUCGACUUAUUUUGGUGAAUUUUUGUUGUUUUUUAGUUGAGCGAUCUCUUGAUGUCAAGUGGAAUAUAAAUUAAUACGCUAAAUGUUUUGCAGGAGCACACCACUGACUUUAUUAAGCAAGUGGUGGCAGAGGGAGGAUUGUCAGUCAAGGAUAAGCGACAGUUCUUGAAACCCGUGAAACUGCCCUCUCAAUUCGAAGUUGAUGUGAAUACUUUAAAGGGAAGAGCGAGUGGUGUUAUCGGAACAAACAAGGGCAAGCCGGUCAAAGGAGCACUGGUCAAGAAGGACUCUUCGUAAGUUUGAGUUUGGUUUGGGAACGUUUUGAUUGUUUUUAUUUUAAUUUAUGGAAGAUUGAGUGCCUAAAAUUAUAUUUUUGUUCAUAUUUUUUGUUGCAGUGUCAAUCUGGACAGCGUAAUGCCGCCAAUUGUCUCCAAAUACAAGCCCGUCCAGCCCUACACAGGAGCUCCUCGAGGCCGGCCACCAAAGAAUGCACAAAAACCCAAACCUCCGAUGAUUUCCCCGGCUCUUGGAGUAGCCAGAAACGCAUUUACUCAAGUCCUAAAAAGAACAACCGGCACAGUCCAACAUGUGGAACAUCGAAUCCAUCCUGCAGCCUCAAGGAUUCUUCAGCCAGGAGUUCAUGGCCAAGCCCAGAGAGUUCUGUUGCCUCCAGUUCGAAGGGAAGAACGUCCGAUUAUCCAUCAGCCGAGGCCUCCCCCGCCUCCCCAGCCUUCGCAAUCCGAAGCUGCUCGACUCCAAGCCCUCAGCGAUGAAGCCGCUGCUGCCGCAGCUUCUCUUCAGAACCUUUUCGGACAAGAUGAAGCUGAAUUCUGA